CACCCCCUCCCCUUCAAUGUGUCACCUGAACGGUGGGAAGGUGUAGGAGGACGCGCCUCGGUCGGGUGGGUGCCGAAUGCGUCCGCACGGGAUGCUCAAUGUGGUCACACGCGCGUGCGUAAUUGCACGCGAACGGAGAAUGCCGAGCGUCGCGGGACAGAGUUAGGGCUCUCCAUCUCACCUCGCAGCAAGCUCUCCGCAGUUGCAUCUCAACGACAUCUGCGCACGGGCGCGAGCGAGCAGAGAUCAUCGCGGGAACUAAUGCUGCUACUACUGCUGCUGCUGUUGCUGCUGCUCCACACUCGCGCCACCAUGGCGGAUGGCACCCUCGCCACCGCCGCCAGCAGCAGCAGCAUCGCAUCGAGUGCUUCCGCCAACGUCUCACAGUGGGAACCGAGCGCAAGUCCAGCAACCACCGCCACCACCUUCACCACCACCUUCACCACCACCACCACCGCCGCAGCCGCCACCUUCGCCUCCACCAUCGCCAGCACCGCGGCCUCACCGCACUCCUCCCUCCUGGCCGUGCUCACCCUCACCCUCCUCGCGGCGCUCACCUUGGCCACGCUGGCGUGGAACGCGCUCGUGCUCGCAGCCAUCCUGCGCGUUCGCAGCUUCCACCGCGCGCCGCACACCCUGGUGGCCUCGCUCGCCGUCUCCGACCUCCUGGUCGCGGCCCUCGUCAUGCCCCUGGGCUUCGUGCGGGAGCUGCACGGCCGCAGGUGGCGCCUCGGGCGCACGCUGUGCCACGUGUGGACCUCGUGCGACGUGCUGUGCUGCACGGCGAGCAUCUGGAACGUGACGGCCAUCGCGCUCGACCGCUACUGGUCCAUGGCGAGCCACCUGGAGUACACCCUGCGCUCGCGGAGGCGUUUGUGCGCGGCGAUGGUCGCGCUCGCCUGGUUCAUGUCGGCGCUCAUCGCCGUGGCGCCGCUCGCCUCUGGGCGGGAGCAGGACGGCCGCGGGUACUCGGAGGAGACGCUGAGAUGUCAGGUGAGCCAGGACCCGCCCCUCGCCGUGUGCUCCACCGUGGGCGCCUUCUACCUGCCGCUCGGCGUGGUGCUCUUCGUCUACUGGAAGAUCUACCGCGCGGCCAGGCUACGCUUCGGCAGGCGAUGCCGACAGAACGCGGUCACCCCCAUCUGCAACCCCGUGCAGGACGAUCACCAGGAGUCGGCCAGCUCCCGCAAGCCCGAGGCCGUCUUCUCGGCUCGCCAUGCCGCCGUCACCUUCCAGGUGGCCGAGGGAGAGUCGUGGAGGGAGCGCAAGGAACGAAGGGCGGCGCUCAUGGUCGGACUUCUCAUCGGCGUCUUUGCGCUCUGCUGGAUUCCGUUCUUCGCCGCCGAGUUGGUGAGUCCUCUGUGCGGACCAGCGUGUGACGUGUCGCUGGAGUGGAAGAGCGUGUUCCUUUGGCUCGGCUACUCCAACUCGUUCUUCAAUCCGCUCAUCUACACCGCCUUCAACCGCAACUACAACAGCGCCUUCCGCAGCCUGUGCGCCUGCAGCCAGCGGUGACGCCUCCGUUCGCCGAGGCGACAAACAAGCCGGCACCGAACCAAAACGCCUCGGUCUUAGCCAGGAUAAGUCCCCGGGGGGUGGCGGGGCUGGCUUCUCCCGUUCAUUCUCACCGCCACCGAGGUGUUCGCGUUAUUUAGAGGCAAUCGUGUCCCGGUUUUAAAAAUAAAAUGUAAGAUCUGGCCUCUGGCGAGACUGCGGCAGGGGAGAUUUGAACGGCCGCGGUGAGAUGUGAUGUGAUCCGCAGCUUUUCUUUGGGUUGCCGAGGGAUUUGGUCGAGCGCCAUGGAACGUCCAGCACUUGCAAAUUGUGUCACUGUUGUUGUGCGUGCUCCACUGGCGAUGCGGACAAGAGGGGCGUGACCUUAGUA